AUGUCUCGCGCCGCGAUCAGAAGGUCAAUACCAAGAGCAACACUACAAACACCCACCUACCUCUCUCCACACACAUCCUCACUCCUCGCCUCAACAAGACCUGCCGCAGCACUGCAAUAUGCCCACGGCUCGCCCUCAACCUUUCGGCACUCCUCCCAUUCCCCUAUCGGCGCCUCCUCCACCACAUCCACCCGCAAAAAAAUCACCCUCCAAACCCUCCAAGCCAUGUACACCCGUCACGAACCCAUAACCAUGAUCACCGCCCACGACUUUCCCUCCGCACACGUCGCCGAGCACGCGGGAAUGGACAUGAUCCUAGUCGGCGACAGUCUAGCCAUGGUGGCUCUGGGACUGGACGACACGAGCAGCGUCUUGUUGGAAGAGAUGAUCCUACACUGCCGCAGCGUAUCUCGGGGAGCGAAAGCGCCGUUCAUAGUCGGCGACUUGCCAAUGGGGAGUUAUGAGGUGUCGCCGGAGCAGGCGUUGCAGUCGGCGAUACGGAUGGUGAAGGAGGGGAGGGUGCAGGGCGUGAAACUGGAGGGUGGAGUGGAAAUGGCGGAGCAGAUUCGGAAGAUUGUGGGCGCGGGGAUUCCGGUGUUGGCGCAUGUGGGACUGACGCCGCAAAAGCAGAAUUCGCUGGGCGGAUUCCGGGUGCAGGGCAAGUCGGUCGUGGGCGCGUUGAAAUUGUUGGAGGACGCGAGGGCGGUGCAGGAGGCGGGUGCGUUUGGAGUGGUGGUUGAGGCGGUGCCGGAGAAGGUGGCUACGGUUGUGACGGAACAGUUGAGGAUUCCGACGAUAGGGAUUGGUGCGGGGAAUGGAUGUUCGGGUCAGGUGUUGGUGCAGGUGGAUAUGGCUGGGUACUUUCCCCCGGGAAGAAAGAUUCCCAAGUUUGUGAAGAAGUUUGGCGAUAUGUGGGGAGAGGCCAGUCGUGCGUUGGAGGCGUACAAGUCGGAGGUCAAGGAUCGGAGUUAUCCUGCGCCGGAGCACACAUAUCCCAUGCCGAAGGAAGACCUAGCAGAGUUCGAACGGCUGGUCCGGACGAGCGAGGAGAACUCCGGAGCUCGUAGUUAG